AUGAGGUCACGCGGCGUCUCGAUUUGGUUUCUCAUCACCGUCAUCCUCGUUUUGAUCUACAUGAUUGUCGUGUUGGCGCCGGAACGACAGUUGAGUUGGCCGUUUUCGCGAUCGGCCGCCUCGACUAUCUACCAACGCGAGUUCGAGCGAUGGAACGAAUGUAUGCUCAACAAUCUGACCGAAUUCCGAAACGAUCCGAUGAUGGUCUGGAAGAACGUCGGCAAAGCGGUUCGGACAUGCGAAACGGAGAAAAUGCGGCAACUGUUGAAGAUGCGAUCGUUCUCGAAUUCGGAUGAGACGAAAUGGCACAUAAUGCCGAUUUUUGAUCUACCGACAACGGUGGUCACGCUCGGAAUUGGGCACGACACCAGAGCCGAGGAGAAGCUUCGUAAUGUCUCCGAUGUUCACGAGUUCUUCGGCGCCGAUCCGAUGCACGAGAUCAACGAGGAGCUGUACACGAAGAUUCCCGGCAAGUACUUUCCGUUUGCCGUCGGCGCCGCGUCGGGUCUCGGCACGGCUAGCGUGCUGAAAGGAUCGACCUAUCGAGACAUGACGGUUGUCUACGUUGAAGUGAUCUAUUUCCUCAAAGAGAUCAUCAAGAAGACGUUUAUUGAUGAUUUUUGGAUCGAUGCUGAAGGCGCUGAAUAUGACAUGUUUCCGUAUUUCUACAACGGCGGCAAAUUUGAUGAGAACGGCAUCACGAUAUGUCAAUUCAAUAUCGAGAUCCACAAUCCAAGUAGUGACGACAAGCUGAAAAUACACGACUUCAUCUUCCGCAUUCUCAAGGAUCGACGAUAUGGACUAUUCAAGCCGAUCCAGGCGAGACACCUGCGGUUGUUCGCCGUGAAUUUUGACAACGACGAGUGCGCGACGAAGUUCUUCGAGCAGAAAUUGUGA